CAUUUUGCCAUCCUUAUCUUCUCUUCCUCAAAGGCGGUUGCCGUCCUUCUCAUCCAAUACCGUUCGUUUGCGUUUUUCUUAAACAUCUCCAAAAUCAGUAUUACCUGCCGGUUCCACCGACGGUUUUGAAAAAGAUGGGGAAGACGAAGAAGGAAUUAUUUGCAUCGGCGCCCUGGCGUCCCGGAUGAGACGAUCCUCUAUUUCUCGGUCGGGCACAAGCCGAUGUUGGCUGAUUCGAUUGCAUGUUUGCCAUUUGUUUCACUGUUCUUCGUCUAGGUAUCUUCUGUACCUUUAUCCGCUUCCUUUUCUCUUUUCUCAAUUCUUUCCCACACCGUCUCUCUCCCUUGGUGACUGACUAUUACGAUUUCCUUCUUGAAUUCCCUUCACUUUCUCAAACCCACACCACUUCACUUCACCUACUUUCCUCACCUGGGUUGCAAUCCAUGAAUGGGAAGAUUGAUCGACGGUGGUAUGUUCUUUUCUACUAUGAAAUCGAUAAACAACCAUCAUACGCUCAAAAAGAUAAAAGAAACCCACUUCAUUUCUAUGUUUUGAUUUCUGCUCCAUCGCUCCCUUUUUCUUCUUAUCCUGUUUCCAUUGGCUUUACAUCGCUGGAAGGUGGUGGUUUCAAGAAUGUACUUGUGAUUGGAGCAGAUUCACUCUCACGUUAUGUUGAUUGGACAGAUAGAGGGACAUGCAUUCUCUUUGGUGAUGGAGCUGGUGCUGUUCUUGUCCAGGCAUGUGACAGCGAAGAGGACGGUUUAUUUGGUUUUGACUUUCACAGUGAUGGAGAUGGCAACAGGCACCUGAAUGCUGGAAUCAAAGAAAGUACAACAAACGAUGCAUUGGGUACAAACGGAUCAGCUCUAGGGUUCCCUCCUAAUCAUUCAUCUUUUUCAUGUAUAAAAAUGAAUGGAACAGAAGUGUUUCGGUUUGCUGUUAGUGUUGUCCCACAGACAAUUGAGGCCUCACUAGCAAAAUCUGGUCUUAAUCAGUCAGAUAUUGACUGGCUGCUGCUCCAUCAGGCGAACCAGAGGAUCAUUGAUGGGGUGGCAACAAGAUUGGAGGUGCCAAAAGAUAGAGUGAUAUCGAAUGUUGCAAAGUAUGGGAAUACAAGUGCAGCUUCAAUCCCUUUGGCGUUAGAUGAAGCAGUUAGAAGUGGGAAAGUCAAACAAGGUCAAACUAUUGCCACUGCUGGAUUUGGUGCUGGCCUUACAUGGGGUUCUGCUAUACUCAGAUGGGGAGCUAUCAUAGCAACUACAAGGUGCAACAGAGAAUUCCCUAAAGAUAACUACGCCACUGAAGAAAUUUGUUUCAAAAUUAAGGAUUACAAGUGUCGAUGA